AUGUCCUCCCAGCAGAGCGCCGGUGCCGCCAAAGGCUUUUCCAAGGGGUCGUCCCAGGGCCCCGCUCCGUGUCCCGCCCCCGCGCCCGCCCCGUCCUCCUCCUCCUCCUGCUGCGACGGCUGCUGCGGCAGCUCGGGCUGCUGCGGCUCCGGCUCCACCGGCUGCUGCUGCUUUCCGCUGAGGCGCCGCCGGCAGCGGGGGUCGGGCUGCUGCUGCUGCGGGGGCGGCAGCCAGAGGUCGCAGCGCUCCUGCAACACGGGCUCGGGCUGCUGCUCGGGCGGCUGCUGA